AAGAAGAACCCAGAAUCGAACUCCGACACCGGGAAAAGACUAUAUAUGACCUGCGGGGUUAAUCAGGAGAUCGAUUGCGAUCCACCAUGUUCCUUAUAUGAUACGGACAUCACUUGGUCGUUGGGGAUGGUGAAUAGGACGUACCUCUGGAAGAGAUGAAGCAAGAAAAGUCGGAAUUCUUCCCUUCCGAAUUCCCGAGGAAUGUUUGACUGCCCAUAUAUGACCUGAUUCGCUUACCUGCACGUGUUCGAUGCCUGGCGUGACCCAACUCAUGCAUGGGCUUGGUUCUUCGCCCAGUCAUAUAUAGCACUCAGGUGUAACCGCUUCUCUUUGCCCCUGCUUUCUUACCCUCCUGCUGUUAUCUCCUACUUCAGGGACAUGCCAAGCACCCGCAGACGUGCUCCGCCUCAACCAGUAAUCUCAGAAUCAGAAUGGAAGAACGUUAUCGUCCUUGGAGGAUCAUACGGCGGAGCACGAGCAACCCGCAUGCUGGCAGAAUCGCUUCCAAAGGGGUACAGGCUCAUCCUCGUCGAGAAGCAGUCACAUUUUAAUCAUCUCUACGUCUUUCCGAGAUACACCGUCGUACCGCACCACGAGCACAAGGCGUUCAUCCCUUACCCGGAGCUGAACCCCCCUUCACCUCCAAAGCCCACACGAACCAAGCGACCUAAGCCCUAUCCUGUGGGGGUCUACUACUACCCCGAACCUGACGCCGAGUACCAGGACAUGUAUUUCCUUCCCUCCCGUCCUCCCUCUGGCCCCCACCUCAUCCUGCACGCCAGCGUCGAGUCCCUUCAGGCGAACUACGUCACCCUUUCCCGCGAAUUUCCAGAACAUGGCUUGACAGAGUAUGUCCCGUAUGUGUAUCUGGUCUAUGCACUGGGUAGCGUUAUGCCCCAACCGCUGAUAAUGCCCCCGGAUGUGCUGUUCAAGCUUGAGGGCGUGGCGUGGAUGGUCGACCAGAACGCCAAGAUUAGGAAGGCGAAGCAGGUCGUCGUCGUCGGAGGCGGGGCCCUCGGAAUCCAAUACGCCUCGGAUAUCGCAGAGUUCUACCCCUCGACCCGAGUCACCCUGAUCCAUUCCCGUCCCCACCUUCUGCCACGAUUCUCCGAACGCAUGCAUCCGCUUAUCCUCGCCCACUUGCAGAAGUUGGGGAUAGAUGUCAUCCUCGGAGACCGACUGCUCGACCCGAAGCCGAGUAAUGGCAAGGUGCAUACGCUGAAAGGGCGCGAAGUCGAGUGCGACUACCUAAUAUUAUGCACGGGCCAGAAACCGAACACCUCCAUCCUCGCAGAGUCGUUCGCCGCCGCCGCACUGUCCCCGCUCACAGGGCACGUAACUGUGCUCCGUACGAUGCAGAUAGCGCUCUACGACCUACCUUCUCUCUCCCCUUCCACUCCGGACUCCGGACCAGGGGAGUCCAUGCUCGGUCUGACGACUGCGCCAGCCACCACGGAGAACGGAAACUCUCAUACCCCCUGGCCCAACAUCUUCGCCGUAGGCGACGCAGCAGACGCUUUCGGGGCUAUCAAAGCCGGCCACACGGCAUACUACCAAGCUGAGGUCGCGGCACGCAACAUCCUCCGUCUUAUAGCGCAGUUCAAUCCUCAUUUUCCGGUAUCCCCCCUCCUGACGCAGCCGUUCAAGUUGGAGGAAGACGAGACGCAGGAGAUAGGGCUGGAGCUCGAGGAGUACGCUCUUGGCCCGCCGGCUAUCAAGCUCACGGUCGGGCUGCACGAAGCGCUCGUACAGGAUGGGGACGGCGUGCGGGAGACGGAGUGUGCGGAGGAUCUAGACGUGGAGGUCAUGUGGCGAUCUAUGGGGGCUGAUCCGGGGGAUAUGUGGGAUUAG